GGGAGGCGGGGAGGCGUGGCCGAAGCUCCCCUGGGAGCCGCCAUUUUCCGGAGGGAAGGGGAGGGCGGCGCGUUCCCCUCGCUUGGCCCUUAAAGGGACAGCGCCCCGCGGAUUAUUUUCUCGUUAUUACAGUAUUUUAUUGCUGGGGAGUGAUUCAAACAGAAGGAACGGGGCUCCUCCCUGCAGAGGCUGAAGUGCACACUGUGCAGGCGCUGAGCUCACUGCUGCGGGCCGGCACGCCCGGCAGCGCUGCGGGGAAGCACGAGGCUGUGGCGGUGGCCAUGUUCAGUGUGAGCAGGAAGUGAGUGCAGCGAUGGCAGGCGGGGAGCGGGACUACAGCCUGACCGAGGAGCAGAAGGCUGUGAAGGCCAAAUACCCACCGCUCACCAGGAAGUACGAAUAUUUGGAUCACACAGCAGAUGUGCAGCUACACGCAUGGGGAGACACUUUGGAAGAGGCAUUUGAGCAGUGUGCCAUGGCCAUGUUUGGCUACAUGACUGAUACAGAGACUGUGGAACCUUUGGAUACUGUUGAAGUAGAAGCAGAAGGACACGAUAUGUUGUCCCUUCUCUUCCACUUCCUGGAUGAGUGGUUGUAUAAAUUCAGUGCUAAUGAGUUCUUUAUACCCAGGGAGGUGAAAGUGCUUUACAUUGACCGAAUGCAAUUCAAAAUAAGAUCAAUUGGGUGGGGAGAAGAGUUCUCUUUACCAAAACACCCCCAGGGCACAGAGGUCAAAGCCAUAACUUACUCAGCCAUGCAGAUCUGUGAAGAAGAAAAGCCAGAAGUCUUUGUCAUCAUUGAUAUUUAAAGCAAGUUUAACGAAGCGGAUAUUUGCCAAUGGCUGGCAAAGCCCCUUCAGAACUGUGACCCCUGGGAAGUGACUGAGGAAUCUGCUAGUUGAAAUCCUAAAUUGAAGGGAGCUGUGGGGAAUGUUAUCCUGUGCUUUGGUGUGAAGAUGGUGAGCCAGAUCAGUACCAGUCUGCAGGACAGAACUAGUUGGGUCUGGGGGGGAUUUAGAUGAGAGUUGUAGGGGAUGGAAGUCCCUCAGGAAUGCUGGUGGCUGGUUCUUAAGGCAAUGUGUAAAGUAAAUAAAGAAAUCAAUGGAUCUGCCAAA